GAUUCACGCUUUUACCGGGCACGCGGACAAUUUACUCGCUGUUUUGUUGUCGAUAGUCCGUCAUCCAGUCUUGGCCCACCAAUCUCAUACCACGACGCAGUAGCCUUCCCCUCGCCGGCUCAGCAUUGACACCCCCCUAUACACCUUCCUUUGCCCACAUCACAAUGCGCGUCGGACUUCAGAGCAGAGAGAAGAGCUGGACGGCUCUUCUGACGUGCUUGGCCGUCGCCUUGCUGGCUGCCGCCUUCGCUGGCGUCGAAGCCAAAGACCCAAACGGUGUCAAGUCUACCACAUUCAACCCCAAGUACAAACCACCAGAGGGCGUUGUAAUGACGCCGUUGGGACAGCCAUCUCUAUUUAUCUUCUCCGGGCGAUGGCACCGGUUCCGUGAAAUUUUCAAGGCGAGUCUUUGGCCCGGCACCUACGUCACGUUCUUAUCCUACGGCGAGUACUGCGACCUCGUCCUGCGACCACGAGUUACGACACCGAUGAACUUGACCUACACAGUCUCCGUCGACGGAGGAGAGCCUUUCGAUGUCUCGAAGUUUGUCACACCGGAGGAGACACACAAAGGACCGGUUUUAAUUCGGAUUCCUACACCAUCCUACGAGGAGACCAAAGCUCACGACGCCGAGGGAUUGGUCAUUUACAUCAACAAAGAGAAGGAGUCGGAUCCCCUAUCUAGAGACCCGCAUGUUGUCCAGGUCGUGUCUACGCGGAGGUCAUCGCCACUGUCGAUGCAGGGUUUCAUGAUCCCAAUUACGUUGGUGAGACAGAACCGCGAGUGGGCAAACAACUUCCAGCUGAUGCCGUACGUCGAGUUCGUCGGUGGACCCGCGUAUUUCAAAGAAUCCUUCUCGCGUCUCAGCUCUCAAUUUGUGGCAGCCGAGGCUCUGGGGAUAAGACACAGCCAUAUCACCACGCCCGACGUGUCGGCAGGUGCUGAGGACGAGCAGCUCACAGAAAUGGUAUUCACAUCCAGAGGCGACGGCAACUCCCUUUCUGAGCAAUACAAGCUUCUCAAUCCUGUGCAGUUUGAUCCUUACUACAAGCCGGGUUUACCGCACUCUGGACUUUAUUCCUUCAGCGCGCAGGCAAUCAUCCAACCAACGACACCGACGGCGAUGAUUGUCGACGUCGGCCAGACCGACAACAUCACGAACGUGGACCCGGAAGCCUUUGCUGAUAGCUUAUAUGAGUUCCUGAUAUUUGCUCGCAGCCGGGCAAACUUGGACUCAAUAAUCAUCGUGAUUCUUCGUGAGGAUGGCUAUCCCGCUGAAACUGCGAAGGUCGUUAACCAUCUUCAGCGGUCGGGUGACUCGUACAUCAUCACCGCGCCAUAUCCCGAGCCUGGUGACGCUGAGGCGUGGCAGGAGUUUUUGCAGGAAUAUGUCAUUGAUUCAGAAGCCGCGACUUAUAAACAAUACUCGCCGUACAUCAACAGCGGCAUUCGAUCGACGUUUGUCUCUAUGGAUAGCAUCAAGUCUGUCACUGGCGCCUCGUUCUCUUCCAUCUCCUCCAAGAUGGCUCUCGACAAAGCUAGCGAAUCCGCGCACCAAGUCUUGAUUCUGGUUGCUGCUCUGUGCGUGCUCAUGGCCCUGGCCAUGCUCCGCGAUACCAUCCGGGUCGUCAGUAAAGCGAUCCUCUCCCGACUUGGCCUUGUGGGCCGGUCUGUGCCAAAAGCUUCAAGCCAGAGCCGGUACAAGGGCGUGUCGGCAAAGAACGGAGUGAUCUGGGACUGAGCUGAUAUUUUAACUGUAUUUCAACGGGAUGAGACAACAAUCUUGUAUGCGUCCGUAUUUGAUUAUUUUGGUUACCGGAAGCAUUUUAUUUGAGUUUUGAUACUAUUUAUUUUUGACUAUAUAUCUCGCGUGUGUAUGUAUAAUAGUUUGAGCUAUAUUAUGUAGUGGAUAAUAUAUCCUCUGGGUCGUUAAUGCAGUAAAUGCAAUAAAUGUGGAGCAGGGCCGUUUUCUAUCCUUCUUCCUCCCCCUUCGAAUCUUCUUUUCUUCAUGCGCUCCCGCAUUCCAAAACAGAUCUGGACAAAGCCCUGGAAGCAGCCACGGAAAUAAGAUUAAAACACAGAUCUGGAUUAGGGCUGUCGUUUUGCCGGGGCAACCAGCCCGUGUUUACAUUCACCUCAAUGCAGUGCGGCGUAAACAGGUUUCAGCAUGAUUG